AUGUCAGCAGAAAUCGAAAUCAAAAGCAAAAAGCGAACUCAUGAUGAAGAUGAUGAAUCUAAUGGAGCUACUGAAACAACCACAAGCUCGAAAAAAAAGACAACGCCAGUAAAAGCUGCAACAUCAACAACGAAAAACAAAACAUCAAAAAAUGAGGAUGAUGAAUCUCGCGGAGAUACCAACGAUGAAGAUUCAAAUAGUGUUGAUGUAAAAAAGAGAAAUGGUAAACCAACUUCAACCGAUGCUGGCGCUAGUGGUGAUCCAGAUGAAAGUGGAGAUUAUGAUGAUGAAGAUGAAGAAAAUUCUGAAGAUGAUGAUUUUAAAGAAGGUGAAGGUAGCGAAGGGGAUAGCGAUGAAGGCGGUAGCGAUGUAGGUGCCGGUGAUGAUGAUGAUGAUGAUGAUGAGUCAAAAGAUGUCGGUGAUGAAGAUGAUGACGACGCCGAGGAAGUAUCUGGAGAGUAA